AUGGCCCACGCUGUAGGCCACGAGCACGACKACUUCAUCAUGGUCGAGAAGAUGAGCCAGGAUCGCUUCCUCGACGACAUCGCCAAAAGUGUGGAUGAAUUGAGCGCAGAGCUGAGAAAGAUAUCCUUGGAGAUCCAUGACCACCCAGAGUUGCAGUACAAGGAGUAUCAUGCACACGAAGUUUUGACGAAUUACAUGAAAAGUAAAGCUGGCUGGCAUGUGACAUGUUCGGCAUAUGGAAUAGCAACCGCCUUCGUUGCGGUGUAUGACGCUGGCUCAUCACCGGUCGUCUCGUUCAAUAGCGAGUACGAUGCUCUCAAGGGAAUUGGACAUGCGUGCGGACACAAUCUCAUCGCCAUUGCCUCCGUCGCGGGUGCUUUGGCUACCGCCAUGACGAUGAAGAGACAUGGCCUCACGGGCAAAGUGGUCCUGUUUGGCACUCCCGCUGAAGAGGGAGGAGGUGGCAAAAUACGACUGCUAGAGGCGGGCGCAUUUCGGGAUGUCGACAUAUCUUUGAUUAGCCACCCUGGCAUUCAGGCCAAUAAUUCACUCAUGAGGACAGCGGCCUACACCUCCUUUAAAGUGGAGUAUCAUGGCAAAGAAGCUCAUGCUGCUGCUGCUCCGUGGGAAGGCGUCAACGCGCUAGAUGCCCUGAUAACUGCGUAUAACGCAAUAUCGGUUCUGCGGCAACAGACCGCGCCCGGGGACAUUAUUCAAGGUCAUAUAACGAAUGGAGGUCUACGGCCCAACAUCAUCCAUGCGUAUAGUGCUGGCAUGUUUGUGGUAAGAUCUAGCACCCGUGGUCGGCUUGCUGCGUUGGUGAAAAGGGUCAAGGCCUGUUUCGAGGCCGGCGCGAUCGCGACUGGAGCGAAGUUGGAGAUUACAGAAAAGAUGUCAUACCUAGAUCACAUGCCGAACAAGCUUCUGGCAUCACGAUAUCGAGCCGCUUUUAACAAGCUCGGUGGAARCAUUCCUGCGGAGGAGGUUGACUGGCUUACGGGUGUGAUUGCAGCUUCCACUGAUCAGGGCAACAUCUCGUACGCUCUACCGAGCRUCAGCCCCAACUUUUGGAUUCGAAGUGAGGACAAGGACGGAAAUCAGUUGGGAGGGCCGCAUACUCCCGACUUCGAAGUUGCUGCCAGAACCGAAGAGUCGCACAGCAUCGCUCUCCGCGUUGGCAAGGCUUUGUCCGCUGCUGCCAUCGAUGUCAUAUACACACCGGGAUUGCUCGAGGACAUUCAACGGGAGUUCAAGGAGAUGCAAAGUCGAUAG